UUUUUUAUACACUUGUUAUUUAUGUCGGUUAGCCUGUCCAACGUCAAAAUAAUAAUUGUAUAGAUAGUGUUUAGAUCGGCGAAUGAGUAACCUUAAUUUAAUGAGUAACUUCCAAACCUUUCAUUUUAAUCUAAUCUAAUAGUGUGUAGAAAAUAUAAAAUUUGGUUUUUACUGCAAAAUAUUUUAUAAAAAUUUUAUACUUCUAUAAUUAAUAAUAAAGCAAUUACUCAUCACAAUGAUUUUUCUGGAAAUAAACAAUCGAAUUUUGGAAGAGACAUUACAAUCGAAAAUUAAAAAUUCGCUCUCAGGCCAUAAGCAGGAGUCAACAGAUGUUACUAUCGUUGAUUUUGAUGGAGUCAUAUUCCAUGUUUCCAAUCCAAAUGGGGAGAAGACAAAACUUAAGAUAAGUAUCCUACUCAAGUUUUAUAAGCAAUUACAAGAACAUGGUGUGGAUGAUCUGCUCAAAAAAGAAUAUGGUUCUUACCUUGCUGACACAGAGACUGGAUACGAUGUAUCAGUGCAAAUAGAUUUAAAAAAUUUACCUGAAAAUUGGGAAAUAGUUGUUAAAAAAAUAGGAUUGCUAAAAAGACAUUGCUUUGCGAGUAUCUUUGAAAAAUAUUUUGAUUAUCAAGCGCAGUACAAUGACUUGGCAGAUGGACAUCUUCCAACAAGGGCUGUCAUACAUUACCGUGAUCAGGAGACGAUAUACAUUGAAGCCAAAAGCGAUCGAGUGACAGUAGUUUUUAGUACAAUAUUUAAAGACGAAGAUGACAUGGUAAUUGGGAAAAUGUUUUUACAAGAACUUAAAGAAGGCAGAAGGGCUAGUCAUACAGCGCCUCAAGUACUUUUUAGUCAUCGAGAACCACCUUUAGAACUUCAAGAAUGUAACGCUGCUGUUGGUGACAGUAUUGGCUAUAUAACAUUUGUUCUAUUCCCGCGACAUACAAAUGGAGAAGCCCGGGCUAAUACAAUUGAUUUGAUUCACAUGUUCCGCAAUUAUUUGCAUUAUCACAUAAAAUGCAGUAAAGUUUAUAUUCAUUCGAGAAUGCGUACUAAAACUUCAGACUUUCUUAAAGUUUUAAAUCGAGCACGGUCUCAAUCAAAAAAUACGGAGAAAAAAACAAUCACAGGUCGAACUUUCAUCAGAAAAGAAUAAAUCUUUCAAGUAUGAAUUCAAUGAUUAUGAAGAACAACUAUUUCAAAAUUAAGCAAAUUAUUCAUUUUUUGCCAAAAUUAACUUUUAGUACGUACAGUAUCUUACUCAGAAAUCAUUAAGAAACGAAUAAAAUCUUGACGUUUUAUAAGAUGGAGUGCUGUAAAAAUCUUAGUUGAUAUAUCGCUAAAUAAAUAAUUUGUAAUUAAAAUAUUCUAAUAUUUUUUGUUGAUUAAUAAAGAUAAUACUGGAAACUAUCAUUUUAAUUUAAAAUACUACAGAAAGG